GUGGGGGGGGAGGUAGGGGAGGGUUUUUGGACGGCGAAGGGGUUGAGGCAAGGGUGCCCCCUGAGUCCGACGCUCUUCAAUUUGUUAAUAGCGGAUGUGGAAGAGGAGAUGAGGAAAGGAAGAUGGGGAGGGGUGGAGGUAGGGGGGAGGAGAGUGUGUGCGCUGGCGUAUGCGGAUGACCUGGUGAUGGUGGCGAAGGACGAGGAAGAGAUGGGGAGUAUGAUUAGGCGGCUCGAAGGGUACCUGGAUAGAAAGAGGUUGGAGGUUAAUGUGGAGAAAACGAAGGUGGUAAGGUUUAGGAAGGGGGGAGGAAGGGAGAGGAAGGUGGAGUGGAGGUGGAAGGGGAAAAGGAUAGAGGAGGUGAAGGAGUUUAAGUACCUGGGGUACGUGUUCAGGAGGAACGGGGGUCAGGAGGCGCAGGUUAGGGAUAGGGUGAGAAAGGCGGGGGUGGUAAUGAGGCAGGCAUGGGGAAUCGGGAAAAGGAAGUUUGAGAGGGACUGGGGAAGGAGGAUGUGGCUGUUCGACACGUUGGUCUGGACGGUGGCGGGAUAUGGGGCAGAGAUUUGGGGGUGGAGGGAGAGGGAGGAGAUGGAGAGGAUGCAGGAGAGGUAUAUAAGGUGGUCAUUGGGGGUGGACUGGAGGACGCCAGGAUAUAUGGUAAGGGAGGAGACGAAGAGGAAAAAGUUGAGGACGUGGGCGGGGGGAAGGGCAGGGAGAUAUGAGGAGAAACUGAGUAGGGGAGAGGGAGGGGAGUUGGCUAGGUGGUGCCUGGAAGAGAUAAGGGAAAGGGGAAGGGAAGGGGGAGAGGAAUUGUCGGCGUGGGAGAGAGACAGGUUGGGGUGUAGAGGGUUGGGAGGAUUGAGGGGAGGAGAGGGAGGGGCAAGUGGGCGAGCGGGCUGGGAGGGAUGGGAGGAGGAAGAUGGGAGGAGGCAGGAAGAGGAGAGAUGGGGAAAAGUGGUGCAGUCGAGGUAUAAUAGGUGGUACAGGGAGUUGGUGGGACGGGAGUUACCGGGGUACCUGAAGGCAGGGUGGGGAGAAGUGAGGUAUGGAAGGCUAGCUAGGUAUAGGAUGGGGAACGAGAUGAGGGGGGGGGAGGUACUGGGGGGAUGAGGAAGAGAGGAGAUGUAGGGUAUGUGGUUGGGAGGAGGAGACAUGGGAGCACGUUUUGGAGAGAUGUACGGGGGAUGAGGCAGAGGGGAAGGGGAUCGGGGAAAGGAUAAGGGAGAUUUUGGACGAGGGAGGGGGAGGGGAGGGGUGGAUAAAGAGGCUGGAGGUCAGGAGGAAAGAGAAAGAGGUGGAGAGGGGGGAAGGGGGGGAUGAGGGGAGGAGUGAAUGAAGGAAUGGAAUGCAAGGGCGGAAAUGGAAGUCGACGGCGGGGAGGGCGAGCGGGGGUGGAGGAGUGGGAGAGAAGGGAGGAGGGAGAGAGCGAGUAGCGUAAGGUUAGGCUAAGAGCGUGCGGCGAAGGGAGAUGAGAGAGAGAGAGAGAGAGAGCGAGUAGCGUAGGAUUAGGAUAAGAGCGUGCGGCGAAAGGAAAUGAGAGAGAGGGGAAAAGCGGCGGGGGGAGGAUGUAAGGGCAGUGAGGAGUAGAGUAAGAGUAGAAUAAGUAGGAUAAGUAGGAUAAGUUAGAUUAAGGGAGAGAUGGAAAUGUAAGGUGGGGAGGAAGUGUAACCCUAAGGGGAAGCAGGAAAUAAAUCUAUCUAUUUACAAUUUCACACCAUCCUUUGAUAAUUUGUUAAUAUACUUUUUAUCAAAUAAAUAUUCUUUUGAUAAUAAAUAUCGAUGAUGUGCAUUUUAUGCACUUUUUAUUUAAUUAUUAUUUCUCAUUUAUUUUGCAGACUUUGAAAAAGAUAGUUACCUCUUCGAGCAAUAAAUCUAAAUAGAUAGAAAUCUAGAUUAGUCAAACUUCUUAUUUAAUUUGUUGAUUUUCAUUAGUGCUG